GUCCCCCGAGGAGGGGAUAUGGUGGCAGCCCCGCGCAUCGUAGUCCCCCAAGGAGGGGAUAUGGUGGCAGCCCCCCGCACCGCAGCCCCCCAAAGAGGGGAUAUGGUGGCAGAGGAAGAAGCCCCCCUAGGAGGGGUGGAUAUGGAGGACGAAAGGAGCAGGGUUCUGGAAGUCUCUUGGUCCGCAACAUCCCAUUAAGCGCCAGAGCGGAGGAUCUCCGUGUUCCUUUUGAAAGGUUUGGUCCUGUUAGGGAUGUUUACCUUCCAAAGGAUUAUUACAGCGGGGUUGUAUUGGUUUGAAGUAAAUACAAGCCCUUGAUUUCUUGAAGAAUGCUUUUUUAAUAUUCCUGCAAUUCAUUUGCUUGGCAAGAUAGAGUCUUGUCCGAAUCAAGACAUUCUUCUACGAAGACAAAGAUUUGAUUGAUUGAGAAAAUUAAUUCACGAAGAGAAGAUAAAAGACUUGUACUGUGUGUGGUCCAUGAGAAGAUAAAAUGGGGCGAAGUUGAUUUCAAGUACUAUCAUGACUUUUCACAUUGGGGAAGUGAAGCAAAUGCUUCUAUGAAGAUGCUCUUUACGAGAACCGCCGUACUUAGUUGUUAUACAAGAAACCUGGAUACUAGAGCCUGGACAUGCUGCUGCUUUUUGCAGCACUUGCUUCCCUUUUGACGGAAAUGGAGCCCCGAGGGUUUGCGUUUGUGGAGUUUGUUGACCCUUAUGAUGCCUCUGAGGCCCAAUACCACAUGAAUCGCCAGGUAUUUUUUGGCCGGGAGAUAACUGUUGUGCUUGCUGCUGAGUCACGGAAAAGGCCAGAGGAUAUGCGCACUAGAACUAGAGUCAGGGGGUACUCUGGAGGUCAUGAAGGGCGCCGUUCCUCUCAUUAUGGGAGGUCUCGUUCCCGUUCACGCUCAGCCUCUCCCCGCCCUCGUGGCGGUGGCCGUGCUCGGUCAAGGUCAUACUCUCCUGCUCCAAGACGGCGAGAUGACUACUCUGCUUCCCCACGGGGAAGGGAGUCUCAUCGCACGAAAUCUCCUGUGCGUCAUCCAAAAGAACAUGAGGAGGACAAAAGGAGAUCCUACUCUCCCCCUGGUAGAGAUGGUGACCAACGUGAUGCUGAUAAUGGGUAUGAGAAGAGGUCGCCACCGGCCGACAGUGAUGGAUCCCCUUCACGCCCAAGGGUGGCCAGGCCAUCCUCAGGAUCGCCCCCUGGAUCCCGCUCCAGGUCCCCCGACGCUUCUCCCGCCCGCAGCGACUGAGAAAUUGGUUACAUUCUCUGCGGUCGCCGCAUCUCCAUCUAGCUACUUCCGCUCCAUUGGUUCGAGUAAAACCUUUCGAGGUGUGUUGUAUUGCUUGUUAGCGGUCACAGACGUUAUGUUCCCGCUUGUUGCUGUUGAAUCUUAAGGCCUGUAGCAUGGCGUGUCAGUCAUAUCUAUGUACCAUGUGUGUGGAUUGUCAGGGACCCAUUUUCCAUGUACUUUGUUUGGGAAAAAGCUUGUGAGUUGAUCCA